AUGUUCAUCGUCCAGCAGCGGAUGAGCUCGCACAGUUACCUCCACCAGCUGGCGGUGGAGAUUGCUGCCGUGGCGCAGCCCUCGUGGUUCCAGAGGAAGACGGUCUGGAUCGACGCUUUGCGCCUGGCGUUCUGCUACCUCGACAGCGACAGCGACGGCGUGCUCAGCGUCGAGGACCUGUCAGAGCACCUCGUGAGCGAGGACGACUCGAUACAGGUCGCCCGGCAGUGGGUGCGGAAGUGGCAGCAGCCGCCGGCGAGCGCGAACGGCAACGGGCCCAGUCCGUCCAAGAAGGGGAUCACCUUCAGCGGUUUCACGUGGGCGCUCUGCUCCUCCCACGCGGGGAAGCACUUCGUCCAGGGUUUGAGCAAUGGCCAUGCCAAUGCGCAUGCUGACGGUCAAGCCGAAGAAGCAAACCAUCAGGCGGAGGCCGUCUUCGAGGGGCGGAUGCAGGCCACCGACGAGGUGUGCCAGCGCUUCCUCGACGAGGAGAGUUUGACGACUUCGGCUUUGCGCAAUGA